UCUUACAAACUGUCAGAAAAACAAAAAGAACGCCAAAGAGUUAACACAAAAGAAACGACAGAAACAUAGUCGAAAAAAAUAGAGAAUAAACUCGAGAAGAAAGCAUAAAGACAAAAAACCACAAGUAAAGAUAUCCUCCUUCGUAAAAGAAACAAGUCGUAGACGUAAAAAAAUGAAGACAAUUCGACAGACGAUUGUAUUUUUCUUUCGACACAACCGACAAAUUUGGUUUAAAAAAAUCUUCAUACCGAGGAAACAAAACCCCCAAUCAGCAUUUUUUCACUACUUAAAUAUUUAUAAUACAAAACCUGUCAACAGUGGAACCAUCAAGUGUCAUUUACUUGUUUACAAGUACCGGAAAUAUGCUAAAUAAUGUAGAAGGUCUAACACUGCAGCUAAACACCCUGUAUAUAAAAACUACCCUUAAGACACCUGUUUCUCACUUCCCAAAACUCCCCGAAAUCGUCAACCCCUCCCGAAAAUCCCAUCAAAUUACUCCAAAUAAAUAAACAUGCCAGUUGUAAAAACUAAUUUCGAUUCGAGCAGCCAACACAUCCGCAUCAUCCACACACUCGCCUCCAUCUCUCUCCCACCCACACAUCUCUCCAAUCUGCGACAGAGACGCACUUUCUAAACCUAGCACAACCACCACCGUCGAUAUUCAAAACCUGCCGAAUAAAUGAAUGGCAUUAUUGAAAUCAUCCGUAUAAAACGAGAUUAGAUCAAUCGUCAAACUCAGACGACGUCUCCACACCGUACCGACACGUUGUUCUCUGGUGGAUUUGUCCGCGGUGCAUCUUCGCAAUGUUCUUCACACAGUUCACACUCUAUCUGAUCGCUUUCGUGGUCCUCGCCACCGUCUUCGCCAUCGCCGAGGCCAUGCGAACGCGCCAGGGGAAGUACCGACCACCAAGUCCGUUGAAACUGCCCAUCAUCGGGCACCUGCACCUCAUGUCCGGAUACCAAGUACCUUAUCAGGCCUUCACGUCGCUUUCCAAGAAGUUCGGGAGUGUGUUUGGUCUCCAGUUGGGGUACGUCAAGUGUGUGGUGAUCAACGGACAGAAGAACAUAAGGGAGGCGCUGGUCACCAAGGGACACCAUUUCGACUCGAGGCCCAAUUUCGAGCGCUACCAGCAGCUCUUCUCCGGGAAUAAGGAAAACUCUUUGGCGUUCUGUAAUUGGUCCACGACCCAGAAGACGCGCCGCGACAUGCUGAAAGCUUACACGUUUCCGCGCGCUUUCACCAACCGAUUCUACACUUUGGAGGAGUUGGUUUCGAGCGGGACCAGGUCGGUGGUUGCGGCCCUUUCGACCAACACGACUUCGACGAAAUCGGUCAUUUCGCGCCACUGUGCCAACAUUUUCACGCGGCACUUUUGCUCGAAGAGCUUCGACGUUGACGAAGCGACUUUCGUCGAAAUGGUCGACAACUACGACGAGAUCUUCUACGAGGUCAACCAAGGCUACGCGGCUGAUUUUUUGCCCUUUUUGUUGCCCUUCCACGAGAAGAAUUUGAAACGUGUCAACGGCCUCACGCACAAAAUCCGUGACUUCGUCCUGGACCACAUCAUCGAAGGGCGGUUCGACAGUUUCGACGUCCAGGCGGAACCAGACGAUUACGUCGAAAGCCUGAUCAAGUAUGUCAAAAGUGGGGAAUCCCCCCAACUAUCGUGGGACUCCGCCCUUUUCGCCCUGGAAGACAUCAUCGGAGGGCACUCCGCCGUUGCCAACUUCCUAGUCAAACUCUUCGCCUUCCUGGCGAAGGAGCCCCAAGUCCAGGAGAACAUCCACAAGGAGAUCGACCGCGUGUUGGGCACCAAGGAGGUCUCAAUCUCCCACAGGACUCUCCUUCCAUACACCGAGGCCACAAUCUUCGAAGCCAUCCGUUUGAUAGCUUCGCCGAUUGUCCCAAGAGUCGCCAACCGCGACAGUUCAAUCAACGGUUUAGAGAUCGAAAAAGGGACCGUGAUUUUUUUGAACAACUACGACCUGAGCAUGUCCCCGCAACUGUGGGACGAGCCGGAAAAGUUCAAGCCGGAGAGAUUCAUCAGAGAAGAGCGUCUAGUCAAACCUGAGCAUUUCCUACCGUUCGGUGGUGGUAGGCGGAGUUGUAUGGGUUAUAAGAUGGUACAGUUGGUCAGCUUUGGGAUUCUGGGUGGGAUUAUGCAGAAUUUUACCAUCGGAGCGGACGAUACGAGCUAUACUGUUCCAGUGGGGUCGUUGGCUUUGCCCAAAGACACCUUCACGUUCAAGUUUGUUAGGCGAUAAAAUGUCACCGCAAGUAUUUCCAAUUGACAAAAGUACAAAAGUCUGUGCCGGAUUUUGGGCACGCCCAAGUGAUAUGUUACGAAUAAUGAAAUUUGUAUUUUUCAGUAAAUCCUAUUGUAACGUGUUGUUUUGUAUUACUAGCUUAAGUAUUUUAUAAAUAUUUAAUUAAUUAAUAUAUACAUAAGUGGCCAUCAUAAAGCAUUAUUUAUAAAACCAGCCCAGCUCCAGGAACGAAUGUAGUGCCAAAGAUUAUUAAUAAAUUCAUUUAAUCCAA